GGGCAGCCCGGCCCCCAGCACUUCCUCGUCCCGACCCAGUCCCGGGAGCCGGUAGAGUGCUGCGGAGCCAGAGCCUGGCCUGGGCCGCUAGCUCGUCCCCGGUCUCAAGGCUGGACGCAGAGAGUGGGGAGCUGUGCCCCCAGGGCCCCACCCUCGGUGGUUCCAGCUGGCUGAUGGCCCUGGUCCACCCUCCUGUCCCCAGGCUGGUACUGUGGAGCUCGGGUCUUGGUGGCUGAGUGGAGACAGUGGGGCCUCCUCCGAGGAUGAGGCAACUGAGGCCCAGAAAAGGUGAGCGACUGAUCCAGUAUCACACAGCCUGCAGGGGUGGACAGAGCUGGGACUAGAGUGAGGCAAGCACAGCCAGGCGGGCACCACGGCAGGGGCUGAGCCACCCUCAUGGAAGGGAGAGGACCGUACCGGAUCUACGACCCUGGGGGCGGCGUGCCUCCGGGAGAGGCGUCCGCAGCUUUUGAGCGCCUAGUGGAGGAGAAUUCCCGACUAAAGGAAAAAAUGCAAGGGAUAAAGAUGUUAGGGGAACUUUUGGAAGAGUCCCAGAUGGAAGCAUCUAGGCUGCGGCAGAAGGCAGAGGAGCUGGUCAAGGACAACGAGCAGCUCCCACCACCAUCGCCCUCUUUGGCUUCCUUCGACCAUCUACCUGAGCUCACAGGGAAGGAUGCAAAUGUCCCAGUACCGCCCGCCGACCCUGCACUCCUUAGCGACAAGCCAGAGCCAGUCCCAAAACCACCAUCCAGUGGCACCUCCUCUGAAUUUGAAGUAGUCCCCACCGAGGAGCGGAAUUCUCCCCCGAAGAGCGGCGGCCACACCAGGAGCCCGAUGGAGCUGGGCCCUCUGCCCCACGAGGACAGCAACCUGAUGCUGCACCUGCAGCGCCUGGAGACCACCCUGAGUGUGUGCGCCGAGGAGCCGGACCACAGCCAGCUCUUCACCCACCUGGGCCGCAUGGCCCUCGAGUUCAACCGCCUGGCCUCCAAGGUGCACAAGAAUGAGCAGCGCACCUCUAUCUUGCAGACCCUGUGUGAGCAGCUUCGGAAGGAGAAUGAGGCCCUGAAGGCCAAGCUGGACAAGGGUCUGGAACAGCGGGAUCAGGCUGCCGAGAGGCUGCGGGAGGAAAACAUGGAGCUCAAGAAAUUGUUGAUGAGCAGCGGCAAAGAGGGUGCCUCUGGGCGACCAGGCUCACCAAAGAUGGAAGGCGCAGGCAAGAAGGGGCUGUCCAGACAGCCGCAGGCUAGUGUGACAGCAGGUAAGAUGCCAGAGGCGGGAGCCUUGGGUGCAGCUGAGAAGAAGGUGAAGAUGCUGGAGCAGCAGCGCACUGAGCUGCUCGAAGUGAACAAGCAAUGGGACCAGCAUUUCCGGUUGAUGAAGCAGCAGUACGAGCAGAAGAUCACUGAGCUGCGCCAGAAGCUGGCGGAUCUGCAGAAGCAGGUGACUGACCUGGAGGCUGAGCGGGAACAGAAGCAGCGUGACUUUGACCGCAAGCUCCUCCUGGCCAAGUCCAAGAUUGAAAUGGAGGAGACGGACAAGGAGCGGCUGGCAGAAGAGACCAAGGAGCUGCGCCAGAAAGUCAAGUACCUGCAGGAUCAGCUGAGCCCGCUGACCCGGCAGCGAGAUUACCAGGAAAAGGAGAUCCAGCGGCUCAACAAGGCCCUGGAGGAAGCACUGAGCAUCCAGGCCUCGCCAUCAUCUCCACCAGCAGCCUUUGGGAACCCAGAAGGAGCUGGGGGCCUCCUAAGGAAACAGGAGCUGGUCACGCAGAACGAAUUGCUGAAGCAGCAGGUAAAGAUUUUUGAAGAGGACUUCCAGAGGGAGCGCAGUGAUCGAGAGCGCAUGAACGAGGAGAAAGAAGAGCUGAAGAAGCAGGUGGAGAAACUGCAGGCCCAGGUCACCCUUUCGAACGCCCAGCUAAAAGCAUUCAAAGAUGAAGAAAAGGCAAAAGAAGUCCUCAAACAGCAGAAGAGGAAAGCAAAGGCCUCGGCAGAGCGCUACCACAUGGAGCCCCACCCAGAGCAUCUCUUCGGAGCCUACCCCUAUGCCUACCCGCCCAUGCCACCCAUGGUGCCACAUCACGGCUUUGAGGACUGGUCCCAGAUCCGCUACCCUCCGCCCCCCAUGGCCAUGGAGCACCCGCCCCCACUCCCCAACUCCCGCCUCUUCCAUCUGCCGGACUAUAACUGGCGGCCACCCUGUUCAGGGAUGCGCAAUCAGACCUCCCAAGCGAUGGACUCGCCCACGGCCAGGCCUGCAGAACCAGACUCUGCAAAAAAUGACCACGAGGGGCCUCAGUGAGACCAGAUUACGUGACUUCGCUCCACUUUCGUCUUGUAGAGCCUGCUGACCUCAGAUUACAAAAAAAACUAGAGGCCAUGGUGCUCUGAGCGGCCAGAGCCUCAGCCAGACAGGAAGCUGAGAUGGGUGACCAUCUUGAGCCCUGGCCCCAACCCGAACUGUUUACAGACUGGAGAGGCUCCACCCAGAAAGCUUUCAUCUGGGUCGACUUUGGCACAACAUGGGAAAACUCACUAUCCUGCCACCUAAAGGAGAGAGGCCUCGUCUGGCUUCGACCUGCCAUCCUUCAUGGAAUCUACUGGGGGACAGCAAUCUCAAGAGUGGGGUGCAGCUUAGACCCCUUUCUUUCAGAACUUCCCCAGAAGUGGUUCCAGCUCCUCUGGGGAACCAUGUUCAAUUUAUGUUUGUUUAAUUAUGCUUCAAGCUCUGUAGUAGCAGGACCUACUCCUUGCCCAGCCCUCUCUGUCUGUGAGGAGCUGUGGGAAGAAUGGGUUUGCCUCUGGGAGCAGAAGAGAAUGACAGGACAUUCUGCUGCGGGGCCCUCCACCUCCACCCGCAGCAGCCUCGCUAGUGCCACCGCAACCUGGGAUGAAGGCCACAUCAGCCACAUCUGCUGAGGGGCCCCACCCCAAAGCUGCUAGGCCCGAGGCCCUGCUGCUGGAGGCUUGUUGUGCUGGAGGCCCGGAUUGGGAUGGCUGUCCAUCCCUGGGAAGCUCUUUGCAUGAAUCUUGGACAUAAAUCCAAGAGGAAGAUUCUGUGA